UCGAGAGUAGAAAGAAAGUGGGAGAAAGUAGGAGCCGAUGGACCCUCGGCGACUGACCACAACAAUUUAAAGGAGGCCACGCAACGACUUAAUCUGUGCAGGAGGGAAACCCCCUCGUGAUGACGGCUGACCGACACCGUGACAGUCAGACAUGCGUCGCCGUCUCCUCAGAGCAAUCUGCUGUCUCUGCCUCCUUCACACCGGUCUCCAGGCUGAAGAGUGCACCCAGGGGGUUCUGGGAGAACGUGAGACCCUCUAUGUACCUGCAGGACGCGGCCUGUCUCUGACCUGCGUGGUGCAGCACUGUGGAGACGCCUGGACGGGGAACUGGACGCGGAGAAAUUCCACGGAGGAAAAGUUCAUCGCGAGGCAGCGUGUGACCGAUGUCACGCUGUCAGCCAAUCAAACUCGACUGACUUUGCAUUUCCUGAGCGUCGGCAAAUUAGACGAAGGCCUCUAUGGAUGCAGAGUGAAAUGGGCUCACGGUGACACCGAUCAGGGACAUUUGAAGUACGUCAACGUCACUGCAGCCGUCUCUCCUCACAGGAGUGGACUGCACAGGGUGUUGGUGUGUGCCGGUGUUUCCCUUUGUCUUCCCAUCAUUCUGGGAUUGGCUCGUUGUCUGAGUUCAGAGGUCAAGCCCCGGCCACUUCCCAGGACACUGUCCGUGUACUCGGCUGUCUGCAGAGACCAACCCCAGCCGGCCCCACGGCCCCCCGCCUCGAUGCCCCAGACCUCAGAAACGUGUAUAUAUACCAGCCGUCCCCAAGUCCGCACAGAAGACUGAGAUCUCAGGCGAGCUGGGAUUGGACGACGUCUCUGACCUCACCUCUUGGGACAGCGGGCAGAACUCGGCAGGCUUUUGG